GCGCGCGCGCGCGUCCCAGGCUCACUCACCCUGGUCCCUGCCGUGCACGCGCUGCCUGGGCGGAGAGGCCAUGGGGAUGAGCCAGGAGAGCCCGAGGUUUUUAAACCUAACCUAACUGUCCAGAGGACGUUUCCAUGCUGAUGACAGGUUCUGCUCGAUAUUGAUCCAAAGCGGUGCGGACUGACGCACGUUCAUUUUCAUCAUCUGAGGCAGAUGCCACCAACAGAAGGAUGUGCAUGGAGACUGCAUGUUAAACACAAUUCACUCUUUGGCUUCAAGAAGAGAAAAACACUGAGACGAAACCAAAGAUCUUUUGCAUAUUUGAUUCUUCACAGCGUUUGGACUUGUGAAACAGUGCUGCAAUGUGGUGGUUUCAGCAAGGCCUCUCUUUCUUGCCUUCGGCUUUGGUUGUUUGGUCAGCUGCUUCUUUCAUAUUUUCAUAUAUUACCGCAGUCCUUCUACGUCAUAUCGACCCUUUGGUGCCCUACAUCAGUGACACAGGGACAAUACCUCCUGAAAGAUGCUUAUUUGGGAUUAUGUUAAAUAUUUCCACUUUCUUAGGUAUUGCUACUGUGUAUGUUCGCUAUAAACAAGUUUAUGCUCUGAGUCCAGGAGAACCCAAGAUCGCCAGAUUAAAUAAGGCUGGCUUUACACUUGGAAUAAUAAGCUGCUUUGGACUUUGCAUUAUUGCCAACUUCCAGAAAUAUACUCUAUUUUAUAUGCACGUAGUUGGAGCCUGCCUAACAUUUGGAAUAGGAGCUAUUUACAUACUGGUUCAGACUAUUCUUUCCUACACGAUGCAGCCAAAAGUUUUUUGGAUCAGAGUGACUGUGUUACUCUGGUGUGGAUCAAGCAUAGCAAGCAUGUUUGUUUCUUCGGUCCUUUUGUACAGUGGCCUGUAUGGAACUGACCUAGUUCAGAAGCUGCACUGGAACUCACAGGAAAAAGGCUACAUAGUUCACAUCAUCAGCACAAUCUCAGAAUGGUCUCUGGCUUUCUCCUUCCUCAGCUUUUUCCUCACCUACAUCCGUGAUUUUCAGCCUUUCAGGUACAAUAAUGAAGACAUCAGACAGGGCUGAUGGCCCAUCAGCAAAGACAAUGGACUGUGGAAUAGCUUAACCUUCCUGUGGGCGUUUUGGCCAGCCCAUAAGCAAUGGCUGCUAUAACACUGCGAGGGCAUGUGACCAGAUCACAUGUUUCCAGACUCCAUCUUGAGACGUCAGUAUUUUUCCACAAACUGGUCUGGGAACCAAGUUUUGAAAUAAAAGGUUCCCACCAUAUGCUAAAGCUAUAUAAGGCAGGGGAGUGACAUCUUCUGUUCUUCUUCACUCCCCACACAAGAAGUCUCCUGGAAAUACCUGAGGAACAAAGGCUGAACUGGGGCUGAACUAGCCUGUGUAUGAAAAACCUGGGGAUUCCAAGCUGCAAAGCAAGUGCAGCUUGUAUCUUAAGCAUCUACAAGUCUGCCUGUUCCACCAAUUUGGGUGGGAAUCUGCUAUUCAUAUCCAAUCUAUCUAGUAUAUUAAGCUUUGGUUGCAUAUUUGUUUAUUUGCUAAGUAAUCUGUGCUCAUGUUUGCUGUCACUUGUAAGCAUUUCAAAUCUAUCUUUUAUAGUUAAUACAUUUAUGUUUUAAUCUAAA